CUCUCUCGCUCUCUCUGACACACACACACACACACUGUCUCUGACACACACACACCAGACAGACAUACACACAAGCUCGCGCGCGCGGUGAGAGCAUGGAGCGUCCGUCGGCGUCUCCAGCACGCGACAAAGCCGGAGAGCUGCGCGCCUAACGGAUUAUUGAGAGAAGCAUGUUUUUGGGUAGUGUGUGUCAGGGUGGCUUGGUGCCAGCUCUGGUUCGAACGCCUCUUUCCCAGGUUCACUCGUCCAUGGGCCUGAAACACUUCCUCCCCAUCUCGCUCGAGGCGAGCCCCGCACUCAACCUGCUGCCCACCUUCAACUCCAUGGACCCGGUUCAGAAAGCAGUCCUACAUCACACAUUUGGCAUCUCUCCUCUGUCUAAAAGGAAACACGUCUCCUGCAAUGUGUGCCAACUGCGAUUUAAUUCACAGAGCCAAGCAGUGUCCCACUACAAAGGCACCAAGCAUGCAAAGAAGCUUAAAUCUUUGGACGUGCCCAAGUGUAAGCAGAAAAGCUCUGCGGUAAUGAGGGAAAGCAGGAAGGAACCCGAGAAAAACCUCUCACCUUCCGCUCCACCAAGCACCACCGAGAGGAAAGAAGCCAUUUCUGAUCCAACACAUCCAGUAGUCCCUCCAUCUCCAGCCAAAUCCAUCUUCAGCAUGGCCUCUGAAGCCGAGUUUACCUCAAUAGAAGAACAAAGUCCAGACACCACUCCUGGAGCAGCCCAGGACCCCGAGGUCGAGAAGGAAUCGGAGGAGGAGAAAGCUUUGCGUCUGCUUUACUGCUCGCUUUGUAAAGUCGCCGUCAACUCGGCAUCCCAGCUAGAAGCUCACAAUACCGGCACCAAGCACAAAACCAUGCUGGAAGCACGGAAUGGUAACGGCUCCAUCAAGUCCUUCCCCAGGCCGGGGGUGAGAAACAAGCUACCGUCACCUAGCAUUACGUCGACAGGUCUGCAGAACAAGACAUUCCACUGUGAAACAUGUGACGUGCAUGUCAACUCAGAGACACAACUCAAACAGCACAUCAGCAGCCGGCGCCAUAAAGACAGAGCAGCUGGAAAACCGGCCAAGCCCAAGUAUAGCCCUUACACCAAGAGCCCAAAAGGACAGACCAAACAACAAAUAGGAAAUACAACAGUGAAGCUGCCUCUGAGUAAGGACAUGGGCCAGCAGCUGACCGCCGCAAUAGUGCCCUCUCACUUGGCCGCUGUCGCUGCUGCCGCCGCCGCCGCCUUUCCACUUCGUGCCAGCCAUAACCCAUCCCUUUUCCAGACUCAAUCUCUCCCCGCAACACUUCUUCGCCCUGCACCUGGGCCUAUUAGGACCAGCCAUGCACCAGUACUGUUCGCUCCCUACUGACCUCUGAACUGUGACUGCAGAUGGAAAAAAGUCUGACACACCAUCUCAGCGCUAAUUCAAUUGUGGUCCAGUCGUGUGGAUUAUUAUUAUUGCCUUUUUCUUUUUCUGUCCAUCGUCACACAAGAAUCCUGUGUGAUACUAUUCCGCAAUAAAUAAAAAGACAAACCAGGUAACUAUGCAUCGAUGCAUCGUCAUCACCAUUUGACACACUGACUCUAAGAUCUUAAAUGGAUUUAAGGAUAUAUUGAUGGGGACAGGGGGUUUCUUUCGGUCUUGGUCAUUGCUUUUGAAAAACGAAUAAAAUAAAAUAAAGUAUGAGAAGACACAGGCGAAAACAUGGGUAAAAUAAGUUCUACUGCUCAGCUGUUUGCACUUUAAGCCCUUCCUCCUGUGAAUGUCUUCAGUGCUUUAGAACGUGGAGUAGAACGUGAUUUAUUCCUUCCUGUGUUUUGUUUUUAUUUGUACGUACGCACAUUUGGUGUCGCGUGAAUGGAAACGUGAAUUACUGCUGAUUUAUUACCUGCUAAGCCAAGUUUGUUUGUGUGUGUGUGUGUGUGUGUGUGUGUGUGUGUGUGUGUGUGUGUGUGGUGGUUGUACAUCCCUUGAAGCUACCCAUGCAAAAAUCUACACAGGUCACAAAGAUGGUAAAGCUUGUCUAUCUCAUUUAAUAAUGUGAAGAAAAAAAAAGAUUUCAAAUAAAAAUCUUACUUUGCUAACA